AUGUGCCAGACUCUGGCGAGCCAGUUGCGCGGUGGGGCAGCGGGCCACUUUGGACCUAACCAUGUCUUGCGAGAUUCCUUACCGGCCCAGUUAGAUGAAAUUGAUACAUUGGUUGAUCCCUUCGCGUUGAGCCAGUAUGAGGAGCCGUUGUCGAUAAUGGAGUACCCACUAGAGAAUGAGACCGACCCAAGACGACUUGCUCGUGAGGUCAUUCGUACCAUGAUGGGGAUCAUUCAGGCUAUUCAGUUACAAUUAAGGUCGGGAACCGUGCAAGGAAAA